CACGCGCCACAUGGCCACGCAGCCGCGACGCGCCUCCUCUUGCUCGCCUCCAUGUCUCCGGCCUCCGCACACAUGUCCCUCCUCGAGCUGCACGGCCGCCGCAUAUAAUGGAGACGAGCCGAUGCCCCCGCCGGACAGUGAAGCCAAGUCAAACAUCGGUGCACGUCGCUCAGUUUAGUUUCCGGUUGGUGAUAGAUACUACUACACUACUGACAACUCCUAGGUAGCUACUAGAGUGUUCGAGAAUGAGCCAGGAGCAGCCGAGGAGGCCGUCCGACCAGCAGUCGGCCGGCGGCGGCGGCGGCGAGCAGGACGCCGUCCGCUACGGCGACGUCUUUCCGGCGGUGAGUGGCGGCCUCGCAGAGAAGCCCAUCGCGCCGCAGGACGCGGCCACGAUGCAAUCGGCGGAGAACCUCGUGUUCGGGCAGACGCUCAGGGGCGGCCCCGCCGCCGCCAUGCAGUCCGCGGCCACCACCAACGAGCGGAUGGGCAUCGUCGGGCACGACCAGGCCACGGACGCCACCGCCGUGCAGGGCGUCACCGUCUCCGAGACCCGCGUCCCGGGCGGACGCAUCGUCACCGAGUUCGUCGCCGGCCAGGCUGUUGGCCAGUACCUCGCGAGGGAUGAUGCCGCCGGUGCUGGCGUGGCGGGUAACACGAAGGUGACGAUCGGCGAGGCGCUGGAGGCGACGGCGCUCGCCGCGGGCGACGAACCGAUGGAGCGCAGCGACGCGGCCGCCAUCCAGGCGGCGGAAGCAAGGGCCACCGGGCUGGACGCGAACGUCCCCGGCGGCCUGGCCGCGCAGGCGCAGUCGGCCGCGGCGGCCAACGCGUGGGCGGAGCGCGACGUGGACAAGACCACACUCGGCGACGUCCUCGCGAACGCGACGGCGCAGCUGGUGGCGGACAAACCGGUGGAGAGCGCCGACGCGCUGAGGGUGGCCGGCGCGGAGAACCGCAACAGGGGCGACGGGACGGCGAGGCCGGGGGGCGUGGCCGCGUCCAUGGCCGCGGCCGCGCGGCUCAACCGUGACGAGGCGGUCUGGGAUCAGUGAAGCGCGCGCCGCGAGUCGUCGUGCAGCCAUGAAGUGAAGACACUGUGUUCAGGAAGAGAACCGUGCGUGUAUCGAUCCUUGGGUUAGGCCCUGUCGAGUCGCGUCGAGUCUCUUUGUGUUCCGUGCAGCGCGCUCCACGCAGCUGAGAAGUUUUUUUUUUUAUCACGUGUCAAAUGUCGUGUGUCUCUAGAAAGGAGUUUGCCUCGACAGUACCAGCCGAGUCCUGGUGUCGUGCGAUGUAAGACCCGCGUCAAUGUCAAUGUUAAGUUGUCAGUGCAAAACUGCAAAUAUCUUUUGCUCAUGUAAGAGGAGUUCAGUUCCUGUCUU